UAUUUUCAUGUUGUUUAUUAUUUCCUCUAGUCGGAAUUUGAUUAAAGUUACGUAUUUGGAUUGGAUCAGACUGUUGUCGUACUGUGAUUGGAUCAAAUUAAGAUGAAGGUGCCUAGGGUUUCAAUGAGCUGGAGAUUAGUGUUGUAUACAAGCAGUUAGCUCAUAUGAACUAGAUCUGCAAUCUGAGCUAUCUACUGUGAAGAUAAUGUCGGAGCUAACAGGUAUUAUGAAAGAAACUUCUGAAAAUGGCACAGGGUCAUCUGCAGAUGAUAUUGGCAGCAUUGAGGAAAUGCCAGAGGACACUAUUUUAUCUCAACAAACUUCCGUUACCCUUGUCCCAUUUAUUGGCCAAAGAUUUGUUUCACAAGAUGCAGCGUAUGAAUUUUAUUGCAGUUUUGCAAAGCAAUGUGGCUUUUCAAUUAGACGUCAUCGUACUCGAGGCAAAGAUGGUGUAGGUAGGGGAAUUACGAGGAGGGAUUUCACCUGCCACCGUGGUGGCCAUCCACAACUGAAGCCAUCAGAUGAUGGGAAAAUGCAAAGAAAUCGAAAAUCAUCUCGGUGUGGAUGUCAAGCAUAUAUGCGAAUUGUUAAAAGGGCAGAUUUUGAUGUUCCUGAAUGGCGUAUCACUGGUUUCAGCAAUGUCCACAACCAUGAACUGUUGAAAUCAAAUGAGGUACGGCUGCUUCCUGCUUACUGCUCUAUAUCUGCAGAUGAUAAGAGUCGGAUUUGCCUAUAUGCAAAAGCUGGUAUGUCAGUGCGACAAAUGUUAAGAUUAAUGGAGCUAGAGAAGGGUGUUAAGUUAGGUUGUUUACCAUUCACGGAAGUAGAUGUCAGGAACCUCUUGCAGUCAUUUAGGAAUGUGGAUCGAGAUAGUGAUGCUAUGGACCUUCUUAAAAUGUGCAAAUACAAGAAGGACAAAGAUCCCAACUUUAAGUAUAACUUCCAGAUAGGUGCAAAUAACAGGUUGGAGCAUAUUGCCUGGUCAUAUGCUUCAUCUAUUCACUCAUAUGAGGCUUUUGGGGAUUCCAUAUUGUUUGACACCACACACCGUUUGGAUUCUUAUGAUAUGAUUCUAGGGAUUUGGCUUGGAGUUGACAAUCAUGGAAUGAAUUGUUUCUUUGGUUGUGUACUCCUACGAGAUGAAAAUGUGCAGUCUUUUUCCUGGGCAUUGAAGACAUUCUUGGACUUCAUGAAUGGAAAGACACCACAAACGAUAUUAAGUGACCAAAAUAUGUGGCUUAAAGAAGCAAUUGCUAUUGAAAUGCCAAGGACCAAGCAUGGCUUUUGCAUAUGGCAUAUCAUAGCAAAGUUCACUGAUUGGUUUUCUGUAGUGCUUGGGUUAAAAUAUGAUGAAUGGAAGGCUGAAUUUCGUCAGCUUUAUAAUUUGCAUUCUGUGGAGGAUUUUGAGGCAGGAUGGAGUGAGAUGGUUGAUAAAUAUGCGCUACAUGCAAAUAAGUACAUUAUCAGCUUAUAUGCAUUGCGCACUUUUUGGGCCCUCCCAUAUUUGAGGUGUUACUUUUUUGCUGGAAUGACGAGUACUUUCCAAUCAGAGUUGAUAAACUCUUUUAUCCAACGGUUUUUGAGUGCACAGUUUCAUGUUGAUAACUUUGUAGAGCAGGUGGCUGCUAUUGUUGAAUUUAAAGAUGAAGCGGGAGGAAAACAAAAGAUGCAACGGAAGGUCCAGAAAAUCUCCCUAAAAACAGGAUCUCCAAUGGAAUCACAUGCUGCUGCUGUUCUUACACCAUAUGCCUUUAGCAAACUACAAGAAGAGCUUGUUUUGGCUCCACAAUAUGCAUCACUUAUGGUGGAUCAGACUUAUUUUAUUGUGAGACACCAUACAGACGUUGAUGGAGGGUGCAAAGUACUCUGGAUCCCACAUGAUGACUUCAUUAGCUGCAGCUGCCAUUUGUUUGAGUUUUCUGGAAUCCUUUGCAGACAUGUUCUUCGUGUUCUAUCAGCAAACAACUGUUUCCAAAUUCCAGACCGUUGUUUGCCCACCCGUUGGCGUAUUGUCAACUCAUCUCUGAUAAAGCCCUUCCAGAUUUCUACUUCAGAUGAACAUACAGGAAAAGUACAAUUAUUGCAGUCCAUGGUUUCAACUCUUAUUUCAGAAUCAACUGAGACAGAAGAACGCCUCGAUGUUGCUUGCGAUCAAAUUUCUAUGGUCUUAUCUCGUAUCAAGGAAUUUCCUGGGCCAGCACAUGGUUCCAAUGAUUGUACUUAUAACAGUCCAUCUGACUCAUUGAUACUUCCAGAGGUUGAAGAUUCUGAUGCAAUUGUACAAAGUUAUACUGCUGGGAAUUCACAGGAGUCUAUAACCCUGGGAAAACUGAAAGAGAGAAGACCAAGGGAUGGCAUAGAUAUAUAUAGAAAACGCAGGCGUUGCUCUGUGCCUUGUUGUGGUCAGUUUGGACAUGACACAACCGAUUGUCCAAUGAUGGGAGCUGAUGAUUUGAAUGGAGAUGGGCUGGGAUUUCUGUAGGAUGAAUGUAUAUGGGUAGAAGAAAUCUGGGCUUAUGCUCAUACACAAAUAUUAGAAUUUUUUCUUUUUUU